AUGGCUCAACAUCGUGUUUACCUGGAAUUCUUUGCAGGGCUUAAAAUAACUGAUGAAACUCUUGAAGAUAGACUGGCCUAUGAUGAGAUUUUUGUGGAGUACUUCAAUGCCUUUUUAGCACUACCAGCUUUCAUCAAGCGUUUGCAGUAUGACUCCUUAUCAGGUACUUUCAAGGAUUUCACUGGAAAGACAGACUUUGAAUUCCAACAACUGCAACCAAGUCAAGAUGUAGAGGCUGAUGCAAAACAAAGAGAAAAGGUCAUUGCUUGGGUGAAAAGAGAGAGACUGCCCUUGUUCUUAAAGACCCAUCUUUACCUCGAAUACAAACUCUGCCGUCUCCUUCUUCGCACGCUUGACAAUCGAACCGCCCGUGUCAGUAGUCGAGGUCUUCGAGGCUACAGCCGUGCAACAAGUUAUACAGUAUUUAGUCCUGUUGGCAGCGGAGCUCGUCCAUCCAGUCGUACUUCAAACCAGUCAUGGCCAGGAAUUUUAACGCGACAUUUUGGAAGGAGGCCAUUAGGUAGUGCGACUAGCUUGCCUGCUAUGAUGAAUUUAGGCCUGGGACAGAAAGUCGAAGGAAGCCAGGAGACCGGAAGUGAAAAUAACAAGGAACGGGAACAUCGUGUUUACCUGGAAUUCUUUGCAGGGCUUAAAAUAACUGAUGAAACUCUUGAAGAUAGACUGGCCUAUGAUGAGAUUUUUGUGGAGUACUUCAAUGCCUUUUUAGCACUACCAGCUUUCAUCAAGCGUUUGCAGUAUGACUCCUUAUCAGGUACUUUCAAGGAUUUCACUGGAAAGACAGACUUUGAAUUCCAACAACUGCAACCAAGUCAAGAUGUAGAGGCUGAUGCAAAACAAAGAGAAAAGGUCAUUGCUUGGGUGAAAAGAGAGAGACUGCCCUUGUUCUUAAAGACCCAUCUUUACCUCGAAUACAAACUCUGCCGUCUCCUUCUUCGCACGCUUGACAAUCGAACCGCCCGUGUCAGUAGUCGAGGUCUUCGAGGCUACAGCCGUGCAACAAGUUAUACAGUAUUUAGUCCUGUUGGCAGCGGAGCUCGUCCAUCCAGUCGUACUUCAAACCAGUCAUGGCCAGGAAUUUUAACGCGACAUUUUGGAAGGAGGCCAUUAGGUAGUGCGACUAGCUUGCCUGCUAUGAUGAAUUUAGGCCUGGGACAGAAAGUCGAAGGAAGCCAGGAGACCGGAAGUGAAAAUAACAAGGAACGGGAAGUCAGGAUGGAAGGAAACGUUACCAUUGAAGAAACAAACGCCGGUGACGGCGUGACUCGCGCAAAUGACGAAACUGACACAAACGAAUCAAAGAACGAAAAGCGCAAGUCAAGAGCUAAAAGUGUCACGCUUAAAGAUGAAGCUCUGACCCGUAGUAAUUCAGAUCCCGGACUGCACGAGAAUGUAGAAACCAAACCGAGAGAGACAGAGGAACCGGAAGCGGAAGAUGACUUAUCAGAUGUCCCGGAUAAUGAGCUUGGUGCCGUGGUGGAGUUUGAUGAGGAUGAACUUGAUGAAGCUCAGACCGAGGCUGAUGUUAAAAACAUCACAACUAAACAUCAAAUCACAAUCGAGGAAUUAAAGAGAGAAGUACUGGGCUCGCUGCAAGGUAUGGAACUCUUCAAGACGUUUUUAGAGGACACUUCGGGUAAACAUUUAUUUAAUUUCUGGCUGGAUGCUGAGCGCUACAAAGAAAGUUUGGAGUCUGAACCAGAGGACACGUUACGAGAACAAAUGACGAGAUUGUUCAGGGAAAUUCAGGACAAGUACAAGAACUCUCUGACAGUCGAUGCAAAGGAACAGAUCGAGAGGGCACUAUAUCACGGGGGCCUGACACAGGACCUCUUUGCAAGAACCCAAUACGAUAUGCUGCGAAGAUUACGCUCCUACUGGAUCCCAAGGUUCCUUGUUCACGUGGAGAGAAACAGUGACUUUGGAGAACAGUACAUGGGCUUUAAUGACUUGAAUCGCCCGCCGUCAGGCUUGAGUUUCUUUCCCACACUCUCGUUUGCUCAUUCAUUGCCUCCGCUGGGGGAAUGGUGCCGAGAGGUGGUUCGGUCACGCCAGUGGGACCGUGACAUCAUGGUGAAGGAGAAUAGGAACAAGUCGGCGCGGAGAAGACUAAGUCGGAUACCUGAAGUGAAUGAAGAGCAGUUCACAUCAGCACUUCGGGUCGAGAAGGAGGCAGGAUGUCCUUUCAAACGCCACUUAGAGAAUAAUUCCAAGGACAACAAAUCUUUGUUGUCUUCUCUUCUCUUCUGGUUGGAUGUGACCGAUUUUAACGCGGCGGAGAAGAGAUCUGGUGACAGGUACCUCAGACUGGUCAACGCCUGGGCAAUUUUUAACAAGUAUAUUGCUAACGUUCGUUUCUCUCUUUCCUUAUUGGACUCGAUUUCUAACGUCUGUAGCAUGACAAAAUUUUACGUGUUCAACCGAUCGGAGCUCAUGAAGAAAAGGUCAACUUUGCCUGCUUUAACAUUCUCUCUUUUUAUACUUUUGUUCAGAGAACAGUACAUGGGCUUUAAUGACUUGAAUCGCCCGCCGUCAGGCUUGAGUUUCUUUCCCACACUCUCGUUUGCUCAUUCAUUGCCGCCGCUGGGGGAAUGGUGCCGAGAGGUUGUUCGGUCACGCCAGUGGGACCGUGACAUCAUGGUGAAGGAGAAUAGGAACAAGUCGGCGCGGAGAAGAUUAAGUCGAAUACCUGAAGUGAAUGAAGAGCAAUUUACUUCAGCUCUUCGGGUCGAGAAGGAAGCAGGAUGUCCUUUCAAGCGCUACUUAGAAAAUAAUUCCAAGGACAACAAAUCUUUGUUGUCUUCUCUACUCUUCUGGUUGGAUGUGAUCGACUUUAACGCGGCGGAGAAGAGGUCUGGUGACAGGUAUCUCAGACUGGUCAACGCCUGGGCAAUAUUUAACAAAUAUAUUGCUAACGAUUCUCUCAUGAGUAUUGGACUUCCUCAAGGAGAAAGACAGAAACUAGAGCGCACUCUCCACUCGACUAGCGAUUUACCGCUGGCCUUUUUCAAGCCAGCUCAGGACCAUGCUAUCAAACGACUCGAGCCAAGCUGGGAAGCCUUCAAGCAAUACGAAGAGGAAACAUUUCUGAAGCCUCCUAAAACAUCUUUUGACCGCUCGUCCAUGGUCUCAAGUGAGAAGGCCGAGGUCAAGAGUCGAUAUUUCUCGCCCUCAUCGGGACGCUGGGUGAAAAGUUCCUUUUUCAGAACUAUGUCGGCCUUCAAGCAAUAUGUGCAGAACAUGGAGGGAAGGCAAUCGUUGAACCAGCUAUUGAUGUACUUAGAAAUCGAACAAUACAACGCCAUUUUGCCAGCAAAAAAGAUGCAGAAAACACAACAAGCUACACAUAUUUACAGAACUUACUUUGACCCCACGUCCAGAAGGUCCGUAGGUCUUCCCCAGUCCCUACUUCACCAAGUCAACGGAGAGAGACCCACCUCCCCAGUCUUCACGGAGGCACAGCAAUUUGUACUCAGUGAUGUUCAAACAUACUUCAAAAGUUUCUUCAAGCACGCACAAGAUGCCGCUGGCCGGCGUGAGGGCACCCCUAACACGCCAGGGAGUUUCAAUAAAGGAGAUACGUUUGAGAGCUCACAGAGCUUCUUGCAGCUGUACAGAAGAAGAGCAAGAAAAACUAAGAGCACUGGCCGAUCUGCCCCCACGAAAGACGACAAAGACAACUUCAAGAAAGUUCUUCAAUCGAUGCAUGGACGGCUUUCUGUUAAAAUGGAAUAUUUUAGACGCUAUCUGCAAACGCACGGUGAGCCGGAUGGAUUCCCUCGCCUCGAGAACGAUCUUGUCUUCUACUUAGAGGUUCAGAAGUUCAAGGAGCUAUUCAACUACAUGGAUGAUGUUUCUUUGAAUCGAAAAGUAGAAGCAAUCAUUGAGUGUUUCUUGGACUCAGCCACCCCUCCCUGGCUUCAGAUUGAUAUCGGACCCGAACUCGCCUCCCGGAUAAUCCACAAAGCUCAAGUGUUCUCGUCAGGAAAGAAAAUCCCAAGGGAACAGAAGGACCCGGGACUCUUUGAGGAAGCACAGAGUAUUCUCUUCAAAGAGAUGCUUCCUUAUUGGGCGGGAUUCUGCAAACAGUACACUCAACCUGCAGACGAGGGAAAAGUGAAACUACCACCUACCAAGCAAGAGAAACUCCUUCAGAAGCGUUAUGCGGAGUUCCUGAAAUAUCCCGCGGUUACCAAGGCCAUCACGCUUCCACUAUUGCUCCCUUCUGCGCAUGGUCAGUCCAAGAGUGAGCUGACCUUUUCUGUGUCAGACGGAAUGAAAUGGAAGGAAUCUAAGGACCUUGAAACAGCUAGUGUCGCGUCGAGUGCAGCCGGAAGUGCUCGAGGUAGACCCGCAGAGAAUGGGCCCACGAUGGACCUGGCCAAUCAACAAACACAAGUAGAAGUAAACACAUGACAAAAGGUACCCUGUGAUAUGGGUCUCGCUGGCAAACCAUGACUGGUGCCCUCAGGAAGGCACCUUCUGCAGGCCAUAAGGCUUCCAAGCAGCACUUAAUUUACUAAUAACUGAAAUCUUCUCUCGAAGGUUCUGUGAUUGGCUCUUAGGCCCAGGCCACAAGACGAACUUCACAUGAGAAGAACUAAUUUGGAAUUUGAGUCGAUCCAAACGGGUUAAACUUGACCGCUGGGUCAAUCGUUCGAUCCGUCUGAAGCAGACGGACGAACUCAGUUUAGUCAAGCGUCGAACUUAUCAUGCAUUAACUUAAUUCGCUGAGUUUAGUUCGUUUCAUGUGAAGUUCGACGUUUGGUCUGGGCCUAAGAAAACUGUUUGUAAAACAGAAGCUUUUCAUCUUCGCAAGUGUGAUAAACGUCUAGUUUCUCCCUACAGUAUUAACACAUUGUCAAGCACACAGGUGAUGACAAGAGAGAAACUCGUCAAGUAAUUGACAUUUUCCUGAUAAAACACCAAACUCUCAGAACCAAAACUAACAGAAAUGUAUGGAAUAAGUAGGGAGAAUUUAUAUUUUGAGCAUGACAUCAGUAAGUAGGAUGAUAAAGAGCUCUGGACUUGAUUUUUUAUGUCAUACCGCCUAGUUAUGUUCAGAGGGUUUUGUUUGAGUUCUUUGAUAAUCUUAUGCAAUCAAUUACGUACAGCCUUAAAUAAAGAGGCGCAAAAUGUUCCCAUUUAAGCCCCGUCCACACUACACAGGAGGAAUUUGAAAACGGAGGUUUCACUCUGAAAACGCAUCAAAUGUUUUCCGUCC